CCAUACUCUACAUUUCGCAGAUCUGGGGAAGACGACCCUCGUUCCCGAGUGUGGGGGAAAAGGAGAUCCAAGGUCGUUGACGCUGUGACUUCCUUCGACUAUUGUACUGUAGGACACUCAACCCCUUUGCGCCGGGUGCCCACCGCCACAGUGAUUCUGAAUAGGGCUGGGACCGGUGUAUGCUGGAGUGACCAUGACAGUCACCACCUCUUCACUUGCCGUGCCUCUCUUAUCUAAAGGCCGUUUCCUGCACAUCGUUGCUUUUGUCUAUAUAAGGCAGGUCCAGCUCCUCUUCCCGAGCACAGCUGUCCAGGCCUCCCCCCUUAGCCGCCCAGCAUGGACUCGAAGCCCACCGAAACCCACCAUGAGACCGUCCCAAAGGACACCUUGGGGACUCUACGUCUCCGCCAUCAUGAGACAAACGAGAUCCUCUUGGUCCCUACACCUUCGGGGGAUCCUAAUGACCCACUCAACUGGUCCUCUGCGUUCCGAUACUAUAUCGCCAUCCUCGUCUGCCUGGCUGUCUUCUUCUGCAAUUUCCUGUCUGCAGGUCCGACUGUGGCUAUCGUGGAGAUCACCGUGGACUUCCUGGGACCCCAGGGCCCCGAUUUCAGCGCCCAUAUCUCCAAGGUGGCCUACUUCUUCAGCACCACCGCUCUCUGUCAGGGGAUUGGGAUGCUCUUCUGGAUGCCGUUCAUCGUCAAGUACGGUCGCCGGCCCAUCUAUGUCAUUUCCUUUGUCCUGUACGUUGUUACUGGGUUCUGGACCGGGUUUGCGAAGACGUACGGGGUCGAGCUGGCCGGGCGGAUCGUCAUGGGGUUUGCAGCCGGGGCCGGGGAGUGUCUGGGCCCGCUGACGAUUGCCGAUAUCUUCUUCCUACAUGAGCGAGGCACGGUAAUGGCCCUGUAUACUGCCGCUCUCUCCAUGGGGGUGGCCGGCGGGAUCAUCAUUGAUGGGCUCAUCACCAUCACCCUGAGCUGGCGGUACAUCUACUACGUGGCGACCGCGUUGAUUGGAGGCGUCACUCUGCUGGUUAUCUUCACCUUCCCCGAGACCACCUUUGACCGCCAAAAGGCCUUGCUAGCGGAGCAAUCGAACCCCCCAACCCCCCACACCCUGGAAUCCGCUACCCCCAACCCUACUACCCGCCAGAAGAAACAGCCCUACCUCCGCUCCCUCCGCCUCUUCACAGGCACCUACACCACCGAGUCCCUCCUGCAGAUCUUCCUCCGCCCCAUUGCCCUCAUCGUCCUCCCGCCAGUGCUCUGGACCUCGCUCGUCUUCGCCGUAACCAUCGGCUUCCUCGUCGCCAUCACCUCCAACUUCGCGACCGCCUACGCCGCGGCCUACGACUUCACGACCUGGCAGAUCGGCCUCUGCUUUGUAUCCGGGAUGGUCGGCUCGGCCAUCGGCAUCGCCUUCGGCGGCCACCUGUCCGACUGGACGGCCGACUGGUUCACGCGCCGCAACGGGGGCAUCCGGCAUCCGGAGAUGCGCCUCCCGUCGGUCGUCAUCGGCGGGGCGUGCGCCCCCGUGGCCUUGAUCCUGUACGGGGUGGGCAUCAACGACCGGCUGCAUUGGAUGGUGCCGACGCUGGGACUGGGGUUGUUGAACUUCGCGAUCGUGCAGGCCACCAACGCCACGAUGGUGUACGUGAUUGACAGUUAUCGGCCGGCGGUGGGGGAGGUCACGGUUUCGAUCUUGGCAUUUAAGGCGGCGUUCGGGUUCCUCCUCUCCUUCUACACGAAUCCCUGGAUCGACCAGAGUGGGUAUUCCCUGGCGUUCGGCGAGAUGGCGAUCAUCGCCGGGGUGGUGGUGGUGUUCUUCGUGCCGUUCUAUUUCUGGGGCCGACCGUUGCGGCAUCGGACGUGGCAGUGGCGGGUGAUGCAGAAGUAUGCCCAUUGGAGUGAGGAUCGGGAGGUGGGCGAGUAGUCUGGCUGCUCUCAGCAAACAAGGUUCAUGUUGGAGUGUGUGAAGUGGAAAGGAGCAGAUCUGCAGGGCUGCUCAUAUUUUGAUUGUAUUGUGUUACUGACGGCUUGACAGCGGGAGUAUCCGGGAGAACAGCAAAAAGUUGGAGCUGCGGGGAAUCGAACCCCGGACCUCUCCCAUGCUAAGGGAAUAUUAUACCACUAAACCACAGCCCCUGUUGAUGUGAGAGGGAUGCUUUUUUGCUUCUAUGGCCUUGGAUUAUGUGAGUCAGCAUAAAUCAAAUCAAUUU